AUGGAGUACAAAGAAGCCAAUCUUUGGACCAGGAGCAGCCUUAAACUUAAUGGUAAUAUUAUAUUGUACUUGAAAUAACACCUUUUUAUGUUUGUAUUAUUCUUUUCUAUGACUUUGACAUUAUUUUCUGCUAAUAUUUCUUACAAAAGUAAAUUUAUAUUAACCUUUAGAUUAAGAUACGUGAAUUUAUGUUAUUCUCUAGGUUAAGAUACGUCAAUUUAUUUAUUCUUUAAGUUAAGAUACGUUAUAAGUUCAAGGUUCAGUUUUUCAAUGUAUGUUUCCAAAACAAUUUAUUGCUAUAAAAGAAUGUUAUGAUUAGGUAACAGAUUGACAAAAAGUUCGUUUGACAGGUUCCUUUUGGAAAUUAACCUUACAUUCUCAAUUUACUUUCCUUUCCGCUCAAAAAGACAGUUUAACUAUGGUUUUCAACUGAAAUGUCUGGUUUUUAACUAUUUUUGGCUUGGUUUAAAACAAACUAAAAUUAUAUUUUUCAUAAAUUAAAGUAAUAUUUUCAAGAGUUGCUGGCUUUAGAAACUAGUAAGAAUGCAUUUUAAUACCUAAUUUUUACUUUAAAAGUGUUUUAUUAUUUAAAUUUAGGUAUAAAAUUAGAUUUUGAUCAAUUAUUAGGCUAGUAUAAUAUGCUCCAGCUUAGAAAAACUUGUAUUUUUGUUAUCACAACUAAAAAACAACUCAACUACGAUGGUAUCUAGUUGUAUGUGAGCGUAUUAGUCUCGUCUAAAGUAUAAUAUCAAAUGUUUUUCGCUUCAAAUUCAAAAAAAGCGAUCGACGGCAAAGAUACGAAGCGCGACAGUCGAAAAUAACCUUGCUGUAACCUCGGGUUUUGAAGAAACUUUGUUUCCGCUUUUUACAGUUGGUUUUUGUUUAUUUUGGUUCAUUACUUGACUUCCAUUGCUAUAUCUUUGAAGCUUUAUCUAAUACGUGCUGGGCGCGGGAAUUUAGUUUGGGAGGGGUAAAGUUUUUUUGCGUAGGAAGAGGGGUGACGAAAAAAAGUUUUUAAAAUUUUUUUUCUUGGUAGAGUUCAUAUUUUCAAUUUAAAACUAAAAAUGUUGACUGAAAUCAGAUUGAAAUUACAGUUUAAAAUCACUUUUGAAAGCUAGAUUGAUGGCUGUUUGACAGUUGUGAUAUUUAAUGUCUUAUUAAACGUCAUUGUUACCUAAAUAUCACUAAUAAGCUUUGGAAGGCUUGAUUGUUGUAUUGUAUUUCUUUAAAGUUUAAUAUUUCGUUGUUGUUUUUUGAAAAAGUUGGAUUUUUUAUAUUUUAAAAUUUUUGAAAUUCUAAAUUUAGUUUUUUUAAAUUCAGGAGUGCUACAGCGACUUCUGGGCCGAAGGCGAAGAGAACACACUUUCUUCAAUUUAUCGACCAGUCGGAUGACAUUCCAGAAGCCAAAAGAGGAAAAGUGCGACGUUGUCAGAGGAAAUGGUAUCUUGAAGGUAUGUCAUCGUAUCUUCGGUUAUUUUUUGUUUUUUUUUGAGAACUUUUAAAUGCGAAAGUAUUAAUAAAUUUCUCGAAUUACUUCAACAACCUUAUUAAAACUUAAAAAGAUGAUAGGGUAAAGUAACAUAAGGUAAGGCAAAAAUCAUUCUAUACUUCAAGUUACAUUACUCUAGGUAACAAACAUUUAAUUCCAGGAAGUCCUGAACUCAUGUCCGUAUUCGGAACAUACGAUGACAUUGUCACAAUUAAAUGACGUCUACCCCCUAUCUCGAGUCAAUUGUCGUGAGUCUCGGAAGAGUCCUGGAAUGAAUGACGUAAGUUAAGGUUGAUGACAUUGAUUACACUUAACGACCUUAUUUAUGGUUUAUAUUGGGAUUGUUAAUCAAAACUAGAUGAUACGGUCAAAGGCAAUUAAAUUUUUGUGAAACUUUGCAAGGUUUUAUCAAUUUUUGAUGAUUAUAUUAAUGUUUACAUCAGAACAAUGUAGGAAUAACAAGUAAAACAUGGUAUAACAGCAUUUCAAACAUAUUUUACUGUCGAAUUUACAGAUUUUUGAACGCAAAAAGGCCUAAAAUGUAUUAAAAACAUGUAAAAACAAAGUUGAGGUAAAAUCAAGUAAAAUGUGACAUAUUUCAGGACGAAGUGACCUCCUUCCUCAUCGAAAACGGUCGAAACAUAAUAGAACCCCCUAAGAGACGCUUAUCUCAACGUAUUUUACUGUUCGUUUUCCAAUUUCUGAACACUUUUCGACUGCUUUUACUACUGGCAGCCUUGGUAUGUUUCCUGAUCUUCGUAUUGGAUCAAACACGACGAAGAGAAAUGGUGAUGGCCAUCUUCCUGACAGCCGUCUUGAUCAUGAUGUGUGUGGCUAGCUAUGUUCAACAGGGCAACAUCAGCAAGGUGAGGGUGGUUUAUUGUGGUUUGUAGGAUGUGAUAAGCACUUUGGAAGUAUAACUGUAUAAAAUUUCGAUUGAUGGCAUCUAAUUAGCUUUAAUAUUUAAAAUUUUAGCAAAUCCGAGGCUUUCAAAGCAUAAUUCCUGGCGAAUGCACGGUGCAACGACAAGGCCGCGAACUGCGGAUUCAAGCCAACGGCGUGGCUAGAGGGGAUUUGGUGUGGAUGAGGGUCGGAGAUAGGGUACCAGCCGAUUGUAGAUUACUGUACACUCACGAUCUUCGCAUCGAAACAUCUUGGGUUACUGGCGAGGUAAGUGUGUCAUAUCUUCUGUAGUUUGUGCUAAUUUUUUGAGAUAAAAAAAAAUAAAAAAGUUAUGGCUAUGUUAAUACCUUUUAGAAUACGUUUAAAUGAUUUUUUGACAUAUCUUUUACUUUUCACAAAUUCCAAUAUUUUUUGUGACAAUUCGUUUACCUUUCUGAAAUUCCAAUAUCUUUUGUGACAUUUCGUCAAAUUUCAACUUUCUGCAAAAUUUUGUUUUAUUUUGACAAAUUUUUGUAAAACCACCGUUAAUCCGAGUGUUUUUGAGUGAAGCGGAUGAUCAGUUUCAUUUCAAACUUCAGGUCGAACCUUUGGAAUAUCACAGUGGAACGGCGGCGAAAAAGGAUUCCGUUUUCGAAUCACAGAACGUUGUGUUUGCUGGAUGCUCCGUGACGUCGGGCGAGGGAUUGGGAUUAGCGAUACGGACCGGGAACAACGCGGUAGGUGUUUUUGAGCGUGGGGGGAUGUUGUUUUUGGGAUUAACCUAA